UAUAACUGCCGUAAUCGGUAAUUCCCUCGUCAGUUCACUGAAGCAAUGCAAUGUGGUCGGUCGUAAGACCUCGAAAUCUCUCUUCAUUGAAGCAGCUAGGGUUUCCUCUCUCCCUUCUCAAUCGAUCGCUAUGUUCCUCCGCUACGGAAAUGAUACCUCUGAGCGGCGGCGAACUCCGAAGCGGAGAGUUGCUGAAACUGGAUGAGGUCGAGAAAAUCCUCACCGAUGUCAAGGCAGACAACGUCCAAGUUAUCCCCAUUCAGAAACGCGACGAGUUCGUCGAUUUCAUGGUCGUCGCCACCGGACGCUCAGCCUGGCACGUCCGGAACAUCGCUCAGGCGCUAAUCUAUAAGGUUAAGCAAAAGCAGAAAGGGGCGAGAAGGAUGCUACUGCCAAGCGUGGAAGGGGUGGAAGGAGGGAAGUGGGUUGUCAUCGAUUCUGGCAGAUUAGUAAUCCAUGCUUUUGAUGAGAAGGUGAGAUCGUAUUACAAUUUGGAGAAUCUUUGGGAUACAGAUUCAUCAAAAGGAGAUGAAGAUCAGGAUAAAUAUUUGGAGAACGCGUUCGUCAAGGUUCGUCCUAAGAAUAAUUCUAAGAAACGCCCGAAAGCAAUCGCGCCCAGCUCUUGAGAUCGUUAGGGUUUAUGUUUAUGCAUCAUGACCUUCAGGUUUUAAAAAGACUUGGAAAUUCUUAUGAUUGGAAUUUCCUUCUUAUUUGUGAAAAUAUUUGUUUCAGCGGAUAAGUUUUCUAUAUCCAAUGGUGGAUAAUUCAUAACCAAUUUAUAUACUUUGGUAAUGAUAAAUUAUGUAGUGUUCCAGGUUACUUUUUUGUGGAUGCUUUUUCCCAUUUCCUACUAGUGCUUGGU